CAGGACCUGACGUCAGAAUCCCGUAUUUUGCAGUUUAUAUGGAGUAGAACAUUUAACCAUGUUCCUGACUUUAGUUUAGGGUUAACCCUAACCCUAACACCCCCCCCCCCAAAAUACUUUUGUUUUAACUUUGCGAGAGAGGCAUUGAGCAGUGAUAGCAUGACCAAUUCGUUUUGUUUUUCUUGAGAUUGGAAGGCUCCUAGGUCUCUCCUCGCAAACAACAGGGGAAGUGCCCCCUGUCCUUUGUCUGCUUCGGGUGUUUUUAAAGUAUUCGACAUGGACAUUUACGGUUACAAUGGUGUUUUUCUGGUCAAAAGACCGUUUAAUAAUGAAGUUUUUGAGAUUUCGAAUAUUACGAAGGCGAACCCUCAGGGAUGCGAUAACGUGGCUUUGACAAACAGAUUCGGAGUCUUGAUUCAAGGGUUGCUGGCACAUUGAUGGUGAAGAGGUUCCGUGAACCAGUAGGGAUCAGAAGACCGUGGAGGAUCUGGUUUUACGACAUGUCCAAGCAGGCGAUUGGCGCUCUCUUCAUCCACUUCGCCAAUGUGUUCCUCUCCAACCUCACGGAAAUGGAACCCUGUUCCCUGUAUUUGAUAAAUUUCCUGCUCGAUGCCACGCUAGGCAUGUUGGUCAUCUGGGCGGGGGUCAAGGUUGUCUCCAGGAUCGUGGAGUACAAGCAGUUCGCACUGCUCACCUUUGGAGAAUACGGUGACCCUCCCCAGGCCGCAGCGUGGCUCGGUCAGUGUGGUGUCUACCUUCUCAUCAUGGUCCUGGAGAAGAGUUUAGUCAGCUUGGUGCUGCUCAUUCCAGGAUGGACCAACCUGCAGUCUGUGUUGCUGGACUACAUCCCUAACCCUCAGGUGGACCUUGUGUUGGUCAUGCUCAUCGUGCCCGUCAUUGUCAACUCCAUCAUGUUCUGGGUGGUGGACAGUCUGAUGAUGAGGAAGUACAAGAGCCUGGACGACUCCUGUGACCCCUCGACCAAGGUUGUCUCCACGGUGCCAUGGGUUACUGGCGACGAGUCACAGCUCACCGUUUGAUGAAAUAAGGCACAAACGACUGAAGAGGGAGACAGAGAUCAAGAUAACCAGAAGAAACAGUUCACCUCCUCCCGCUCCUAAUGGUUUUUCCAGAUUCUGCCGUUACUCUCCUGAAGUUGCCGGUAAUAGGCUACACAAGGAGUCGGCAACAUUUCUCAUGUGGAAUGACCAUUUAUCUUACCAUUUCUACCAAUCUGCGUGCCAGUUAUAGUUUUGAUAUGCACAUUUUUGUGGAACAGUUUCAUUUAUAAUAACAUCUUCGUACCUCAAUCAUUGUCAUGUGGUUAAUCAAAAUUCUAUUCAAAUCUAAAUGAAAAUAAUGCAAACCUAAAAAGUAACUUAUAUUGCUAUUUCCAACUAUAGACAAAUAGCCUAUAAAGCCAACAAAUAAAAACAUUGCUGCCUGUAGGUAGAAAUGUCCUGAUAAAAGUGAAAGUAUAUCCAAUAAAACACAUUGGCUACACAUGGCCUGCCUGCAGCGAACGUUGAAACAUUGUAUCAACUAUUUACUUGGGUCUGGCCUGAAACUCCUUGCAACAUUGUAUGAAAUAUCUUGGGCCCUCAAAGUUGUCCAUGCUAAUGAGCUCGGGACAAACACAGCUGUAGGCUAUUUGCUUAAGGGAUAAGAAGUAAUCAGUUUGGCCUAUUUCAUGUUUCCACUGGAUCAGAGCAGGACAUUUCUCUCUUUCACGC